AUGCCGUCGAGCACGCUAAGUUCUUCGCUACAAUCGCUACGCAGCGUCUCCCGUUAUCAUGGUUUCUCUCGUCUUUUGAAUUCUGUGGUACCACUGCGUGUGUUCAAGUGGCUAUACUCCUUUUCGCUUGCCAUUUUUGUUAUUAUCACAGCAGCAUUUAUUGUGGUCACUCCACUAGAUAUAGUUGUGCAAACAUGGCAGUCCCAGGCACUGGGUCUCAAAGUCCUGAUUAUAUUAGUGGUUCUAACAGCUAUAGUGGUGGUGCUGCUGGUGCUUUAUCUUUCGCGGUUGUACAAUGGACUCGUUGUGGUGCGGCAGAUUCCAGCACGAUCCGUGUACGUACCCUUGGAAAAAGGUGACAUGCUGUCGGAUGUGUUGGAAUACGUAGAGCUGCGUCUACGCUGGUGUGUAGGCGAUGUUAAGCCGCGGGCGGGACCCUUGGCCAAUCCAGAAACCAUCUUCCCGUAUCCGGGAUUGGCUCCACCAACCUAUAUCCAGCAACGGAACAUUCGCAUGGGCCAUGCGAAAAGCGGCACUUUCUUGCCACCGGAUUGUGUCUACGAAGAUAUUGUUGAUAGCUUGGGCCUCAAGCUUCGUGCCGAGGGAUACCUAUUUUCACACAAAGUCCCUGCGCACUAUACCAUGCGCGAGAUACUCUUGUCUUUGGGCGGCGACGCCCCGUCGCGCGCUCUCGCCCUCCUGGUGGUACACCAGUACGAGGCGCUCAAGUUUGGGCCUGGAUUGAUACGCGAGCUGCAAUUGACUGCAUUUUUGGUUCAGGUGGAAAGACUCCUGAUGAACGUUGUGGGGGCUACGACAACAGAUGUAGCCAGUGCAAAAAGCGGCCAUCUUGCUGUGCCUGGUUUUUUGUAUCGCCAGCGCCGCCUGAGCAGUAUGCUGGCUCGACCUAAACUUUCGCGCACGUCGAGCCGCACUUCUGUCAUGACCAGUGCGACAGGCAGUUCGCUGGGAUCCGUUAUUCGCGCCCGGCUUCGAGCUUAG